CUUUUCAAGGCAACAUUUUUUCCUCCAUCACAAAAGUGGGGGAUGGUGAACGCUAUUUGGUUUCUUCAAAAUUUAGAGUAACGAAAAACGCAGCUGGGGUAAACUUCGUGCUGGAAUUUAAAACGCAACUUUUGUUUACAGAUUUCACGCUUCGCGUUUGUACGAUGAAGAGAUUUUCAAUAGUAUGUGAGAGAGAAAGGAGGCAUAAAAAACUUUGGAAUCGGUCAAAAAGACACUUCUUUUAAAGUGGAAAAUGUCGAAUCGGGAAUCUAUGUAAUAUCCACACUUUGACUUGGUUUGAAGCGCAUUGCGCGCGAGUGGAGACCGACAGUUUAUUUGGAAACAUUUGAUGAAACAUCGCUACAUUGUUGGGUCUCCAAGAUGUCCUCCAAGCGCCUCUGCUCCAUUGUUGAAGGCUUUUGGAUGCUUUGGAUCUGGGCAGCAACUUCUAUAAUCGCUCAGGCGGUCAUCUUGCACCCAAAUGAAACUAUAUUCAACGACUUUUGUAAGAAAUCCACAACGUGUGAAGUAUUAAAAUACAAUACGUGCCUUGGUUCACCUUUGCCGUACACGCACACGUCUCUGAUUCUGGCUGAAGACUCAGAAACUCAAGAGGAAGCCUUGGAGAAAUUGGCCAUGUGGUCUGGGUUGAGAAAUGCUCCUCGCUGCUGGGCUGUCAUUCAACCGAUGCUGUGUGCCGUUUACAUGCCAAAAUGUGAAAAUGGAAAGGUCGAGCUGCCCAGCCAGCACCU